CCGGGUGCUGGGCCCUGCGUGAACCGCCACUUUUCUGGACGGCGAGCUCGGCUCCGCCGCCACUGGCGGCGGUUCGGGGAAUGGAGGUGCUGGCCACGCUCUCGCGGGCGCCCGCGACGUCGCAAGCGCGGGCGGGCGAGGAGGCCUACACGGAUGCUCGGCCGGACGCGCAGGCGGCAGCGGGGCCACCACCGCCACCGCUGCGGCCGGCCGCGUUCUACAGCUGCGUGUUCGCUCAGAUCGAAGAGAUCGGGUGGGAGCGGGUGGUGAGCGCCACAGGGGAUGAUGGGGUGUCUUGUCUCUCCUUCCGCGUCGUGGAUGAUAAGGGACGGAUUCAUUUACUGGAGAUCACACUGCCCAUGGGUUAUCCUGCAAGCCCCCCUUCAAUCACGGCACAAGUACCUUACCUCCCGAAAAUACAGUGGUCGAAAAGCUCAAGACUGAAAGAUGUUAUUUGCCAGUUUCAAGAGCACUUGAAGAUGUUACAAGAGUUUUGGUCUACAAUGGAUGAGAUUGAUAAGGUCCUUCGGGUAGUUGACGCAACAAAGCCGACCUAUGCUAUGUCCCAUCGCCUUUUAGCUUUAGGUGAUGAUUGCUAUAUUUUACUACAUGUUGACGCACACAAGCCCAGCUCCUUACCAGAGUGUCGCUUCUUGGGUGCAGAAGGCAAACUUGAUCGGCUCAUCAUGAAUUGGAGAAAAAAUCGCAAAAGAUGGGACACAAAGAAGAAAUUUCAUGAAAACUUGGCGGGCGUCUUGGAUUUUGCACUGCCUGCGCCACCUUCAGUCGGUAGCGUCAGAGACGACGAGCAAGCUGAUUGCGGGAUAUGUUAUGCCAGGCACCUGCCAGUCGAUGACGAGCUCGGGCCACACAGCGGGUGCGCGACCGACUACACGUGCGAGAACCCCAGCUGCAGCAGAGCCUUCCACUCCGUCUGCCUGAGGGACUGGCUCCGCUCCAUCACCACGACAAGGCAGUCGUCUGCUCUCACGAGGCCUCUGUUCUUUGCCUCGUGCCGGCAGGUCCUUCGAUGUCCUGUUCGGGAACUGCCCCUACUGCAGCGAUCCCGUUGCCGUCAAGGUCGCCGACCGCUAAACUUGGUCAGCGUUUACAAGGUUUGGCCGGGGCGCGGAGCUGCAUUCGGGUUGAAAUUGCCGCCCCCUUCUAGAGAAGAGAACAAAAGGGAGAAAAGAAAGGUUGUUUACCAGCCUAAUCAGUCGGUCAAUACUGGUUUCAACGUCGCACUCUGUUCUAGAACACACGCCCUUCUAGAUUUGGAACGGCGGUUGUGCGCUUCUGACUCUGUGGCCUGCAUUUGCCGUGCCUGUUUCUGUAUUUUUGUAAUCUUUAGGCCAAGCUGGAUUGCUAAUAUAAUAGAAGAAAAAAAGAUCCGCCGAGCGCCCGAGCUCCCCCAACGCACACGGCCGAGUCAGAGGGAGGGAAAAAUGGCGAGCGGCGGGGACGAGGAGAGGCAGGGGAGGCAGCGGCGGGGGCGCGGACGGCGGCUGUGGGCUGCGUGCCUCCCGCGGCCGGGGUGCUUCACGGUCUCCGCCGCGGGCGAGGACGAGGGCACGUCGGCCGCCGCCGCCGGCGAAGGGGGCACCAGGCCGACGCCCUCGCAUCUGGUCGUCACGGUCAAUGGGAUCGUCGGGAGUGCAGAAAACUGGCGCUUUGCUGCGAAACACUUCAUCAAGAAACACCCUGAAGAUGUGGCUGUUCACUGCAGUGGGUGCAACACAGCAGCUCGAACCUUUGAUGGAAUUGAUGUGAUGGGAAGAAGAUUGGCAGAGGAGGUGACCGCUGUUGUUGAGAGUAGACCAGAGCUUCGCAAGAUUUCCUUUGUUGCACAUUCAUUGGGUGGACUGAUCGCAAGAUAUGCUAUUGCACUAUUAUAUGAGAGAGAGACACAAAAAGAUCCUCAUGAAGAGUGUGAGAAGCAUGUCAUUGACUAUCAUAGUAACCAGCAUAGUUCUGGAGGGAAAAUUGCUGGUUUGGAGCCUAUUAACUUCAUCACCUUUGCAACACCACACCUCGGUACAAGAUCACACAAACAAAUGCCAAUUCUACGUGGUUCCAACAAAUUGGAAAAGAUGGCAUUUCGUAUGUCUUGGAUUGCUGGGAAAAGCGGAAAACAUCUUUUCCUGAAAGAUGUAGAAGAUGAGAAACCACCGCUCCUUCUACAGAUGGUUACUGAUUAUGGUGGUCUCCAUUUCAUGUCUGCUCUACGCUCUUUCAAACGUCGUGUUGUUUACUCCAAUGUCUGCAAUGAUUUUAUCGUUGGCUGGAGGACAUCUUCAAUACGUCAUCAGCAUGAGCUUCCUGAGCGCAAAAGUUUUAUAAACGAUGGUAGAUAUCCACACAUUGUUUAUGUGGAGGAACCGAAGGUUCAGGAUGUUGAUUUUCCAGAUGCGAUGAUUUAUCAGGCAAAAACUACGAGUGAAAUGGAAGAAGUUAUGCUCAAAGGUCUUAAUAGACUUCCAUGGGAAAGGGUAGAUGUUAGCUUCAAGAAAAGUAGACAGAGGUUUUUCGCCCAUAGCACAAUUCAGGUCAAGACCUAUUUCUUGAACUCUGAUGGCGCUGAUGUGAUCUUUCACAUGAUCGACCAUUUUAUUUAUUAAGAUGCGUGCACUAAGGUGGUGCCAGCAUGCUAGAUUCUUCUUUAUCUAGAUGAACUCCGGUCGUAGGAACAUGUGAAAAAUAUCCGUGUCCUCAAGAAAAGGAUUAGAGAAAUACUGAAAGCAGUAGAACCCAUUGUAAAGAAAGUGUGUUGGGUCUCUACGCUUCCUCCUUUUUUUUUUGCGGGUAAACUUCCUCCAAAUUUUUGGCCGCCUAGGUUCCCUCUCUCUUAUUUUUCCCGACUUGGGUCAGAAUGUCAGUUGUAUUCUCGCUUCUUUUCCAGACUUCAGUCAGAACUCAGUUGUACAUGAUGCACAAAAAUGUUCCAGAUUUUGCUUAUGCGGCAGGUCAGCUUGAUCUA